UCCUCACACUGAGAGGGAGAAGCUCGAGCAGCAGGAGGAGACGGCGCGAGCACCACACUCUCGGCCUCUUUCGAAGCGCGUACUCGCCGGCUGUUGACCCGACACACAUGCAUGCAGGCAUACAGACACACGCACGCACGCACGCACGCGCUCUCUCUUGCGGGCGCGCGGAGAAGGAUGGGUGGGGGGAGGAGGAGGUGAGCGGUGUUUGUGACGCCCUGGUUAGAACGGCUGAGCGGCGGCCGCGCGCACGGAACGGUCUCUCUCUCUCUGUGAGGGAAAAGGCGGGGAGGGAGAAAAGGAGACAACCGGGGUGGGGAAGGAGGCGGUGGCGGCGACUGUGUUCCGUGAGGCGGAGGAGAGACGCUACCGAACAGGAAACGCUGCAACCGAUCAAAGAGCCACUCCGUGCCUGCAGAGAAGCUAAAGGGCAAAGUCCAGGUUUUGGUCGUCGAGAGGCGGCACCAGCGAUCUAAUUUCCCUUUUUACCCCCCUUCCCUUCUUACAAUCUACCGGGAACUGCGCGCAGAAGCCGCGCGGCCCGGGGCGGCCCUCCCGUGGUGUAGGUGGCUCUGAGAGCCCCGGAGGGCUGCUGAGGAGGAUGUCGGGCGGCGGUGGAGGUAGCCGGGAAGAGGAACGGCGCAAGCUGGCCGACAUCAUCAACCACUGGAACGCGAACCGGCUAGACCUGUUCGAGAUCAGCCCCCCUACCGAGGAUCUAGAAUUUCAUGGAGUUAUGAGAUUUUAUUUUCAAGACAAAGCCGCUGGAAAUUUUGCAACGAAGUGCAUCCGUGUGUCUAGUACUGCAACAACUCAGGACGUGAUAGAAACACUGGCAGAGAAAUUUCGGCCAGAUAUGCGGAUGUUAUCAUCCCCUAAAUACUCACUUUAUGAAGUGCACGUCAGUGGAGAAGAAAGAAGAUUGGAUAUAGAUGAGAAGCCUCUAGUUGUACAGUUAAAUUGGAACAAAGAUGACCGUGAAGGAAGAUUUGUACUCAAGAAUGAAAAUGAUGCACUUCCUCCAAAGAAGAAUCAGAGCAAUGGCCCUGAAAAACAAGAGAAAGAGGGAGUGAUCCAGAACUUCAAACGGACUUUAUCAAAGAAAGAAAAGAAGGAAAAGAAGAGGCGGGACAAAGAAGCAUUGCGGCAAGCUUUAGACAAUGAUGGGCUGUUUCAUGGGGAUGAUGUUGAGAAUUCUCGUCUUGCAGCAGAGGUCUACAAAGAUAUGCCUGAGACCAGUUUCACUCGCACAAUAUCUAAUCCAGAGGUGGUAAUGAAACGACGGAGACAGCAAAAACUAGAGAAGAGAAUGCAAGAGUUCCGGAGUUCUGAUGGCAGACCAGAUUCAGGUGGAACACUGAGAAUUUAUGCAGACAGUUUAAAACCAAAUAUACCAUACAAGACAAUCCUGCUAUCUACUACAGAUACAGCAGACUUUGCAGUUAUUGAAGCACUGGAGAAGUAUGGUCUUGAAAAGGAAAACCCCAAGGAUUACUGUAUUGCUCGUGUCGAACUUCCUCCUGGUGCUCAACAUUCUGAUGAUAAAGGUGCUAAAGAAUUUAUUCUUGAUGAUGAUGAGUGCCCACUUCAGAUAUUCAGGGAAUGGCCAAUUGACAAAGGGAUACUGGUCUUUCAGUUGAAAAGGCGGCCACCUGAUUAUGUUCCAAAGAAGUUGAAGAAACAGAUUGAUGGAAAGCCAUUAAAGGGGAAGGAAAGAGUUGACGGGUCUGGUUAUGGCUCUUCCCUUCCUCCAGAGAAACUACCUUAUCUGGUUGAACUAAGUCCAGGGAGAAGGAAUCACUUUGCCUGCUACAGCUAUCACACUUAUGAAGAUGGCUCUGACUCCAGAGAUAAACCAAAGCUCUAUCGUUUGCAGUUAAGUGUGACAGAAGUUGGUACAGAGAAAUUUGAUGACAAUUCCAUUCAGUUGUUCGGUCCAGGAGUUCAGCCUCAUCAUUGUGACCUCACUAAUAUGGAUGGAGUUGUUACAGUUACCCCAAGAAGUAUGGAUGCCGAGACUUAUGUAGAAGGUCAGCGGAUCUCAGAGACCACUAUGCUGCAAAGUGGUAUGAAGGUUCAGUUUGGGACCUCUCAUGUAUUUAAAUUUGUGGACCCGAUUCAAGAUCACAUUCCUAAAGGACGUCUAGAAGCAGGACACAUGGUCAAAAGCUCACGACUCAAAGCUGGAGUUGUACAAGAAACUACAUUUGAUUUGGAAGGAGACGUCCAUAUUGGAAGUGGAUUGCCUGCAAGCAAGAGCACCAACAGAUUGGACGGUGACAGAAUGUCAGCAUCCAGCACAGCUGAACGAGGCAUGGUCAAGCCAUUGAUCAGAAUAGAACAGCAGCAGGAUUACCACAGGCAGGAUGGCAGACCUCAGGACGCACAUGGACCUGAAUUGAUAUUACCUGCAAGCAUUGAAUUCAGGGAAAGCUCUGAGGAUGCCUUUUUGUCGGCCAUUAUAAAUUACACCAACAGCUCAACCGUUCAUUUUAAGCUGUCUCCUACAUAUGUUUUGUAUAUGACAUGUCGGUAUGUAUUGUCGAGCCAGUACAGACCUGACAUCAGUCCAGCUGAACGUACUCACAAAGUCAUUGCAAUAGUCAACAAGAUGGUGAGCAUGAUGGAAGGAGUUAUACAGGAAGUAGACCAGGUUGAUCAGAAACAGAAGAAUAUUGCAGGGGCACUUGCUUUCUGGAUGGCAAAUGCAUCUGAGCUGCUGAACUUCAUUAAGCAGGAUCGAGAUCUUAGCCGAAUCACUUUAGAUGCUCAAGAUGUUUUGGCACACCUAGUUCAAAUGGCAUUCAAAUAUUUGGUUCAUUGUCUUCAGUCAGAGCUUAACAACUACAUGCCUGCAUUUCUUGAUGAUCCAGAAGAAAAUAAUCCUCAAAGACCUAAAAUAGAUGAUGUCUUGCAUACACUAACUGGAGCCAUGUCCCUACUGCGACGAUGUAGAGUGAAUGCUGCACUGACUAUACAGCUCUUCUCCCAGCUGUUUCACUUUAUCAACAUGUGGCUUUUUAACAGAUUAGUUACUGAUCCAGAUUCAGGAUUGUGUUCACAUUACUGGGGAGCCAUCAUCCGACAGCAGCUGGGGCAUAUUGAAGCCUGGGCGGAAAAACAGGGCUUGGAGCUGGCUGCUGAUUGUCACCUCAGUAGAAUAGUACAGGCAACUACAUUACUUACUAUGGAUAAGUAUUCACCUGAAGACAUUCCAAAUAUUAACAGUACCUGCUUUAAACUUAAUUCUCUACAACUGCAUGCAUUGCUACAAAAUUAUCACUGUGCCCCAGAUGAGCCAUUUAUCCCAACAGAGUUAAUAGAAAAUGUUGUAGCAGUGGCAGAAAAUACUGCUGAUGAGCUGGCUCGAAGUGAUGGUAGAGAAGUACAGCUGGAAGAGGAUCCUGAUUUACAGCUACCUUUUCUUCUGCCAGAAGAUGGUUACUCAUGUGAUGUUGUCAGAAACAUCCCAAAUGGGCUACAAGAAUUUUUAGAUCCGCUCUGCCAAAGAGAUUUUUGCAGAUUGACACCUCAUCCACGUUCACCAGGAACUUGGACAAUAUAUUUUGAAGGUGCUGAUUACGAAAGUCAUCUGUUACAAGAGAAUGCUGACCUGGCUCAACCCUUACGAAAGGAACCUGAGAUAAUCACUGUGACCUUAAAGAAACAAAAUGGGAUGGGCCUGAGCAUUGUGGCUGCUAAGGGUGCUGGUCAAGAUAAACUUGGAAUCUAUGUCAAGUCUGUGGUAAAAGGCGGUGCUGCAGAUGUGGAUGGCCGACUGGCUGCAGGGGAUCAGUUACUUAGUGUGGAUGGACGCAGUUUGGUUGGACUAUCCCAAGAAAGGGCAGCCGAGCUGAUGACUAGAACAGGAUCAGUAGUGACCCUAGAAGUGGCAAAACAAGGAGCAAUUUACCAUGGUCUAGCAACUUUGCUUAACCAGCCAUCUCCAAUGAUGCAAAGAGUUUCAGACCGCCGUGGCUUAGGUAAACCUCGGCCAAAGAGUGAAGGUUUUGAGCUGUAUAACAACUCUGCUCAGAAUGGAUCACCUGAGAGCCCCCAGCUGCCUUGGACAGAAUAUAAUGAACCAAAGAAGUUGCCAGGGGAUGAUAGACUGAUGAAGAAUCGAGCUGAUCAUCGAUCUAGUCCCAAUGUAGCAAAUCAGCCUCCAAGUCCUAGUACCAAAAAUGCAUAUGCAGCUGGAACCACUAACAAGAUAACAUCAGUGUCUACUGGAAAUCUUUGCACAGAGGAACAGAUACUACCACCCAGACCUGAAGCAUAUCCUAUCCCAACACAAACUUAUACCAGAGAAUAUUUCACAUUCCCAGCCUCCAAGUCCCAGGAUCGAAUGGGUCCUGCUCAGAAUCAGUGGUCAAGUUACGAAGAGAAACCCCAAAUUCCACCUGAAAGUAAUCAUUAUAUCAGUGCUGCAAUGCAGCGUGUAACACGUUCUCAAGAGGAACUUCGGGAUGAUAAAGUUAAUCAGCCAGAAAGGAAUCGAUUAGAGGUUACCAUACGAAAAGAUGUGGAAUAUAUUGAUCACAAAUCAGAUAGUGAUCCAUGGAUGAAUUCUUCUGUGGAUUCUAGCACAUCAAGCCAAGAGCAUCUAAAUCAUUCCUCUAAAUCUAUUCCUCCUGGUUCUUCUUUAACCAGAAGUGGACCUGGCCGUUGGAAAACUCCUAUUGUCCCUCAGCCAGUAUCAUUGACUACUUCUCAGUCCACUAGAACAGACCUUCCUCCCCCUCCCCCUCCUCCACCAGUGCACUAUGCAACUGACUUUGAUGGACUGCAAAUGGAUUUGCCUCUGCCGCCGCCGCCACCACCUCCAAACCAAUUGGGAACACAGUCAUCAUCUCAGGUUGCUGCUGCAGAACGCAAAAAGAGAGAAGAACAUCAAAGGUGGUAUGAAAAAGAGAAAGCACGUUUAGAAGAAGAGAGAGACAGGAAACGUCGGGAGCAGGAAAGAAAACUAGGGCAAAUGCGGGCUCAGCCACUAAUUCCUGCUCAAUCCCUUCUUCCUCCUGUUUCAGUUCAGCAGGUGAAACCAGAAAAGCCUUCAACAUUGCAGAGAUCCCAGGAAACUGUCAUUAGAGAAUUGCAGCCCCAACAGCAACCCCGAACCAUUGAGCGAAGAGAUCUGCAGUACAUCACCAUAAGCAAAGAAGAGUUGUCCUCUAGUGAUAGCCUGUCUCCUGACCCUUGGAAACGAGAUGCUAAGGAGAAGCUGGAGAAGCAGCAGCAGAUGCACAUUGUAGACAUGCUGAGCAAAGAGAUUCAAGAACUUCAGAAUAAGCCAGAUCGAACAACUGAAGAGAAUGACCGCCUGCGCAAGCUCAUGUUGGAGUGGCAGUUCCAGAAACGACUCCAAGAGUCAAAGCAAAAGGAUGAUGAUGAUGAUGAUGAAGAAGAUGAUGAUAUUGAUACUAUGCUGAUUAUGCAACGACUGGAAGCAGAGAGAAGAGCAAGGCUACAGGAUGAAGAGCAUAGACGGCAGCAGCAGUUGGAAGAGAUGCGCAAACGGGAAGCAGAAGACAGGGCCAGGCAAGAAGAAGAGCGCCGGCGCCAAGAGGAGGAGCGAACAAAGCGAGAGGCUGAACAAAAGAGGCGACAAGAAGAAGAAUAUUACAAUCGCUUGGAAGCUGAAAGGCGGCGUCAGCAUGAUGAGGCAGAACGGAGAUUGCUGGAACCUGAUGACCCUGGUCUGUACAGACCUCCGCUUCCACGGGAAUAUGAAUUCCCAUCCCUGCCCCCUUCAUCUAAUGCUCCUCCUCCCCCACCUCAGCGAAACACCUCUUACCUCAAAACACAGGUUCUCUCCCCUGACACGAUUUAUACUGCCAAGUUUGUUUCAUACAAUGAGGAGGAGGAGGAGGAUUCCUGUCUAGCAGCAGGUCAGGAUAAGUACUCCAGUACAAGAAAGUCUUAUGGUGAUCUUCCUCCUGCCAUCCUUAAGCCACAGCAGCCCUCACGCCAGCCACGCCCAGCCUCAGAUGGCAUAUUUCUUUCCAACUCAUUCCAGCCAUCCUCGGUCAAUGCCAACAGUACUCCUUACAAAACGAGCCAACCCCCUUCCCCACCAAACAAACCGAGUUUCAUCAAUCCCAGCAGCUCAAAAGGCUCAAACUACACUGGAUCUACUGGAGCAAUUGCAGGCCCACAUGAACCUUAUCGGGACCUAAGAGAGAAAAAAUUGAAAAGUCAAGAUGCAGAUUUACCUGGUGCACCAGAGAACUUGACUUUCCGGGAGCGUCAAAGACUCUUUUCCCAGGGCCAGGAUGUGUCCAACAAAGUAAAGGCAUCUAGGAAAUUAACGGAAUUGGAAAAUGAAUUAAAUACAAAAUAGGAUUAAAGGCACCUUAUCAGAAGUAAUCUGAAAAAUCUCUAUGAAACUAGGGAAGGGGCUGUUCAAGAAGAAAGAAGUGUCUUCUGACAGUUGAGAUGGAAUUUUUCAUCAGGACUGUUUGAGAUUUAGAUAUGUUGCAGUAGCAAGAAAAACAAUUAUUUACCAGGAGCUUGUGGUUUAUACAAUUAAAGCACUGUAAAAUAUAUUUUAAUUAUAUGAAUCAAGUGUCAUUAUGUCCUUUCUCCACUCCCUUUCCUUUCUUUGAGGGUUUAACUUCUUCUGCAAUAGUCCUGGAUCACACUUACUGAAGAAUUGUUGCUUCCUGGUCUCUUACAGAAACAUUUUGUUAGCUGCUAAACAGAAAAAGUGGCUAUAGCUUGAACUGCCUAAACUAAUCUCUGCACUGGCUUCUUGCACUGUAUUUAGGUUGUUUGAUACAAUGUCUGAGGUGAUAUACAAACAGUUUACUAGCAAAUCAUUGAAAACUGGGUUGGAGCCUGGGUUUCCCUGGAUAAACUUUUGUUGUAAAAACAGAUUGAAUACUCUUGAAACUAAAAGGGCUACAUUAGUGCAUUUAAUUCUUAGCCACCAAGUAGUACCUAUAUUCAUAUAGUUCUUUGGACAUGAAAUACUUGACUUGAUUUUUCUUGGUGAUAGUUCAGUGAUGCAAUAAAACAUGUACUGUGGAUUUUCAGCUGUUCUUCCUUCAUCGCUACAUUGAGUUGUUAAACUACUUUUAAAACUUGAGUUUUGAAAUCUUUGGUGAGAGCUGAAGGAAGUGAUUGGUAAGCAAAGAUGGACGUGUGUGCGUGUGCAAGUGUGUGUGUGAAUUUAGAAUACAAUGUUUUAAAACAACAUAGAAAUUCCAGACCUAAGCAAUAGGGAAUAAGAUUCUACUGGUAGCCCACUGUAGCCAAGACAAAACCAAAGUUAAAUAUUAACAAACGACUAGAAGAUUUUAAAUAUUAACAGAUAGCAUAUUAAGCACUGCUUGCAGGGGACAUGGUUACCAUGGCUGUGAUGAAAAAUACAAAGUAUUGCCUCCCAAAAUGAAUUUCACUGAGGUGGCCUGACAACACUCUGGCAGCUCAUUGCUAGUCCUUCACAUUGAGAAGUGCUGGUCAUGCUGCCUUUGGUUUAUUAGUAUCCUUUUUCUAUAUACUGUAGAAAAUGUUGGCAGUUCAAGCUAUUUUUCACACUAUAUUGCAGCAUUAUUUAAUUUUGAAAUAAUUUCUCCCACUGUUUCUUCAGCUAUGCAUAUAUGGCUGUUGAUGUUGAGAAUAAGGACCUUAUUAGUUUUUGUGUGAUGUUUAAAACAAUAUAUUAUAUUGUGAUUCUAAGCAAAUUUUCUAUUUGAUGAAGCCCUUAAUUGGGUUUUAGAUGAUUUUUUCUGUAUAAUAUGUUAUCUUAUAAAUAUGUAUUUAGGGAAUUAUGCACACUUCCAAAUGCAGAGGGUGGACUUUCACUGCCUUAGAAAUCACUUUUAAUAAGAGUUGUAUGAUAAAUAAAUGCAAGUUAAUUAUAUUAAAAUUGGAGUGUAAAUAUUUUUUUUACAUAUUUCAGGUUUCUUAUUUGAAAGUGUGCUUUUACCAUUCACCUGUUAAAUAUGAAGUAAGAGAUUAAAUUGGUUGAAAAUGUUAAUGAAGGAUUUGCAUGCUUGCUAUGUCUGUUAAUCAGGAAAAGCAAGCCUCCCCCAAUUUAUCUUGAGAACACUAGAUAUUCUGUGGCUGGAAUACUGUUGCUGCUAGAACCUAAGCAAAGAAAUAUCACUUACCGUGGAGUUGACUGCUAUGGGGCAUUCAGGCCACAUGUGAAUAUGAGUAAAAGUGCUUUUCAUAACUGUCUGUGUAUUAUUAUGGGGGGGGGAAUCAAAACUGCUGUAGUUUCCCAUUUCUACUGUAUUUCACUUGCAACCUAUUUUUAAUAAACUUUGUAUUGUAUUUAAAUUUGCACUGCAUAA